UACUGUGAAUCUGAAAGGCUGUUCUUCCCGUUCCAUUUUGGCGAUGUCUUGUCUCGAGUCUCGUCUCUUGUGAGCUUAGCUUUGACCCUUGAGUUUUGGACCGGUGUUUUUGAAAUUUUGAAAUUGAAAUGGCUUGGCCUGUGCUUUGAAAUUGAAAUCUUGGAUGCCGUUGCGAAAAAUGUUGUACGACGAUGAACGCAGAUUAAGAGAGAGAGAGAGAGAGAGAGUAAAAACCGAAACGGAAGAAGACGAGAAAGAGGCGUUGACCUUGUUCAAUUGCGGAGGCGUAUCCGGUUGGAAAUCUUCAGAUGCCAAAAAGCAUGUUCACUGGAGCCCACCACCUUUCACACUAAUUCAAAAUUUCAUCAACUUCAUUCCACCAUAACGCUGAGCCCCACGACACGAUUCCUUGCUUGUUCCUGUUUCAUCGUCCCUGUUAAUCAGCGAAACCCAGGGCAAUUAGUUUCCACCAGCAGCCAAAACGCCUGCUUCUUCGUCGGUUUUUCUUCACGAUUUCGUCCAAAAACAAUGUAUCCAAAGGUGAAGGUCAGACAAGAACAACACGAAGAGGAUCACCGGAUUAUAGAGGACAAUAAUUUGAAAGCUUUGCUGUCUCUGUCGUUGCGGGUUUCUCCUCCUCCAGUGAGGAACCAGAAAGGUGUCUCUCAUCCAUCUUCUGCCGAAGUACCUAAAUGUUAUGUUCCACAUGCACCUAUUCCAAGAGUACCUCUAUCUGAAGAUUUAGAAGCCUGCAAUUUGACAUCAGAUUCUUCGAGAUUUCCAGGACCUGAGAAGGAUGACCAUAUUGAUGAGGACAGGGUAAAUAUAGAGCCAGUUCAAUUCCGCCUCCUCGUGCUGUUAUAUCUAGUCCAGAUAAUGACACUAUGAUUGGGAACAAAAAUCGAAUUAAAGGCAGUGAAAGACUUCCAGCUUCAAAGAACUAUACUGUGCUACAAAAUAGACAUGCUCUCUGUAAAGUUAAAUCAAGGAACGUUACUGAAACUUCACCAAACAUGAAGAAUCCCAAGGAAGAUGCAGAUAAAUCAAGUAACAUUUAUAGUUCUGCACAAAAGAGAAGGCCAACAAAGUCAGCAUCAAAUCAGAAAACUCACCCGAAGAAGUGGGAAUUCUAGCUGCAGUGGAUUGUAGGAGCAUGCCUGUGUUUAUCUGAUUGUUGGCGUGCUAGAUGUAUUACAAUCGUAAUCCAGUUAUGCCGUGGGAAAUAUUUUUGAAAUGAACAGGAGAAUCUGACUUGGACUCCAUGCAAAAUAAUGCAAUAGAAAGUUUUACUCGCCCAUUACAAUCCUUCAAAUGCGUUGGUUAGUGAUAGUUGAGAACAUGCUUGACAUAUGUGUCAGCUCUGUGGUGGAAUGGAGGUUUUGCAAGGUAGACCAUAAGACCAAUAUGUGUGUAUAAUUUAGCCAUCGGUUUAACCAUCAGUAUACAGAUGAAACACAGAUGAAACAAGUGCUUGAAUUUGAUCAAGAGUAAAUUUCAGGCAUGCUGCUCAACUUAAUUGA